GGUGGGCGGGACUGUCGCUGUGUUGUGUUUCUGUGGAGCUGAGAGGGGAAAAAAGCAAGAGAGAGUUUUUGUUUCGAUUUCUCUCAUUUUUUAAUAUUCCGGCUCGUCCCAACUGUUCAGUAAAACAGGUCAUUUCAUCGUCUGCAGCUCAAUGGGAAGAGUGUAGCCAUGUUCAGCUUUGAGGGAGAUUUCAAGAGGACCCCUAAAGUGUCCCUUGGGGGGGCCAGUAGAAAGGAGGAAAAAGCGUCUCUUCUUCAUCGGACCCAGGAGGAAAGAAGAAAACGCGAGGAUGAGAGAAAAAGGCUGAAAAAUGCAAUAAUCAUCCAGUCCUACAUAAGAGGAUUCCACGAAAGAAAACGUCAACACGCCGUACAGAGGAGCCACUUUGACCGCUGUGUGAGUCAGGCCCAGUCUGCCUCCAGCCCAGCACUCACGGACAGCGCCACCCUCAGCCUGCUGGUGCGGCAGCUGCUCUUCUUCUACCGCCACAGUGAGGACACACAGAGACUGAUCUGGCUCUGUCAGAGUGUGGUGAAGCACCAUGCUCAGUUUGUGAAGCUGCUGGCUGGACCGGAGAGACCCACAUGCGUGUUCCAGAUCAAGAGGCUUCUGGGUCACUGCUGCAGAUUGCUGCAGUUGUGUGAGGAUGAUGGCAUGAAUGUGGCCGUUCCUAUGCGGAUGGUGGAGGUUUUCUCUUCUGAGAAAACGUACCUGCCUGUUCUCCAGGACGCCAACACAGCCACAGCACUUACCGAGCAGAUUUUGCACUAUAUGGUACAGAAAGGAUACUACAGGUCUCUCUAUGUGUUGGUGAAUCAUAAGCUGCCAUCGAGUCUGGAGUUCACCGACGCUCCCUCUGUUCCGUUGGCUCACACACUGCUAGAGCACACACUCAAACCCCUGCACUUUACGUACAGCUCCUGCUCUGUGGGCGCCAGGCAAUUUGUGUUCUCAGCCUUCACUGAGGAGUUCAUCUCUCCUCCCUUCACCGAGCAGGUCUUUCAUUUCUUCGUGCCGGCUCUGGCGGAACCUCGGCUGGCCUUUCCCUUUCAGGACUUCCUGUGGUCCCUGCAGGCUACCGUAGCCUCCUCCACUGUGGCCCAGGCUCAGGCGCCCUGGCUCUUUUAUUUUGUGCUGUCAGUUGGAGAAGCAGGUCUAGGGUCUCUCUCGGAGGAAGGCCUGCUGCUGUAUCUGAGCACUUUGCAGACUCUGCUGCCACUGCUGCCAGUGACCGAGAGCCACAGCAAAGCAGAAAUCAACAGCGACUCGGAGGAUGAGGACAAUAACACAAUACACCACACUUCUAGACAGAAUGAAGGGAGGAUCUCAGUGCAGUUGAUUACGGAGCUGUGUGUGCAGAAGCUGGACACUAAGCAGCAGACGAAUGCUCUACUGGCGCUGGUGUGGAGGGACUCAGCCAGCGAAGACGUCUUCACCAUGAUGGCCUCCAUCUGUCACACGCUGAUGGUGCAGCAUCGCAUGAUGGUGCCUAAAGUCAGGCUCCUGUACAGCUUGGCCUUCAAUGCGCGCUUUCUUAGACACUUGUGGCACUUAAUAACGUCCAUGAGGACCAAAAUGAUCACAGGGUCUCUGGUGCCUCUGCUGCAGCUGAUGUCCCGCGGUUCUCCCAUGUCUCCUGAAGACUCCAACAGGAUCAUCCCGCUCUUCUACCUGUUCAGCUCCCUGUUCAGCCACUCUCUCAUUUCCAUCCAUGACACAGAGUUCUUUGGAGACUCCAUGGAUGGUCAGAGGGAGCCGUCAAUGAUGCCCUUCUCUCUUUCGGAGCUGGUGACGCUGUCUCGGUGUCUGCGGGACGCCUGUCUGGGCAUCAUUAAGCUGGCGUACCCUGAGACCAAGAGCGAGCACAGAGAGGAGUAUGCAGCCGCCUUCCGCAGUGUCGGGGUCAAAACCAGCAGCCAGGUCCAGCAGCACAUUCAGGCCCAGCAGAAACGCUGGGUCCAGCUUUUUAAGGUCAUCACAAACCUGGUGAAGAUGUUAAAAGCGCGAGACAUCAGAAGGCCGUUCUGCCCCGAGGGGCACUGGCUGUCCGAAGAGGUCAACAUCAGGGCUGAUAAGGUGACCCAGCUCUAUGUCCCCUCUGCUAGACAUGUGUGGAGAACCAGACGGAUGGGUCGCAUCGGACCUCUUCAGUCCACGCUAGAUGUUGGGCCGGAGCCUCCACCACUGUCUGUAUCAGAAGAGAGACAUCUGGCCAUUCUCACAGAGCUGCCUUUCGUCGUGCCCUUCGAGGAGAGAGUAAAGAUCUUCCAGAGACUGAUCUACGCCGAUAAACGUGACGUGCAGGGAGACGGCCCUUUCUUGGACGGCAUCAACAUCACCAUUCGGCGGAACUAUAUAUACGAGGACGCCUACGACAAACUGUCUCCAGAAAAUGAGGCGGAUCUGAAGAAGCGGAUCCGCGUUCACCUCCUCAACGCUCACGGCCUGGACGAAGCGGGUAUUGACGGUGGUGGGAUAUUUCGGGAGUUUCUGAGUGAGCUGUUGAAGUCGGGCUUCAACCCCAACCAGGGCUUCUUCCGGACCACCAACGAGGGGCUGCUGUACCCCAGUCCUACGGCCGAGAUGCUUAUUGGAGAGAGCUUUACUCGACACUACUACUUCUUGGGCCGGAUACUGGGCAAGGCUCUGUAUGAGAAUAUGUUAGUGGAGCUCCCGUUUGCCAGUUUCUUCCUGUCAAAACUGCUGGGCACCAGUGCUGAUGUGGACAUCCACCACCUGGCAUCUCUGGACCCGGAGAUGUACCGGAACCUUCUGUUCCUCAAGAGCUAUGAGGGCGACGUGGAGGACUUGGGGCUGAACUUCACCAUCGUCAACAACGACCUGGGAGAAGCUCAGGUGGUUGAGCUGAAGCCAGGGGGAAAGGACAUCCCAGUUACCACAGCGAACCGGAUUGCCUACAUCCAUUUAGUGGCCGAUUACCGUCUAAACAAACAGAUCCGGGCGCACUGCCUCGCCUUCAGACAGGGACUGGCCAACGUGGUCAACCUGGAGUGGCUGCGCAUGUUUGACCAGCAGGAGAUACAGGUGUUGAUCUCUGGUGCCCAUGUGCCUGUCUGUCUGGAUGACCUGAAGAAGUUCACCAACUACUCAGGCGGCUACUCAGCCACUCACCCAGUAAUAAAGAUCUUCUGGGAUGUUGUGGAGAACUUCAGUGAGGAUGAGAAGCGCAAACUGCUCAAGUUUGUCACCAGCUGUUCACGCCCUCCGUUACUGGGAUUUAAAGAGCUGUACCCAGCCUUCUGCAUCCACAAUGGGGGAAGCGAUCUGGAGCGCCUCCCCACCGCUAGCACUUGCAUGAAUCUCCUCAAGCUGCCAGAGUUUUGCGACGAAGACCUAAUGAGGAACAAACUCCUCUACGCCAUCGAGUCCUCCUCGGGCUUCGAGCUCAGCUGAGACGUGAUUGUCUUGCACCACUAGAGAGGUGAAACGUUGUUGCCAGGGCAAUGGGGACAGGAAGUGACCGGCUUAGGGAAGGGGCAGGCUUUCGUCUGCAGCAGAUCUGCAGUGAUUCUCCAGGAAUAGUAAUGUGUAAAACAAAAGAGAGACAUUAAGAACAAAAAUGCCUCGAGUGGAACCUCUGACCUUUUGAAGCAGGAGGAUGCUCGGACACUCGUGCUGGAGGCUUUUGGGUGAGGACAGGGUGACACCAACUGUUUUGAAAUUUUAACAGGACUGAAUUUGGAUCAGCAUCAGUGGAUUAAAAGCUGCAUCAGUGGAAGCGAUUCUACUGCUCAAAACCCUCGAUGAGAAACACCAGACAUCAUAGACGCAGCAGUGCAAUCUAAUAACAUGCGAUGCAUAAUUCACCAAAGAUUUUGCUAGGCUAUUGUGAGAGUAUUUUCAAGUUUUGCAGUGCUAAUUUGGAUGUUUUAAGAGAGACGAACAAGCUAAGAAGUUAGCUGCUCUCGGUCAUGAUUGUGCGGAAGAUGUAGCUUUGCUAAUAAAGACACAGAGGUUAGCUGUACUAACACAAGGACUUGCUAGAACAUUAGCCUCUCUAAUACAACAUCAUGCUAAAACGUGAGCCUUUAACACGAGCAGAUACUAAAGAUUUGGCUUUGCUAGACGAUCUGACUGCUAAACACUUCAGCUGUGCUUAUAUGAGCCUUUCAUACAGGUCUGUUACCAUUUAGGCUAUGCUGUCAUUUUAGCUAUGCUGGUUUUCAUGCUUUAUACAGUAGCUAAAGGAGUCAUUUUUCAGAAUUGAGUUCAAAUGCUAAGUGAGAAAAUAUUCUGAAUUGCUAAAUAUUUUCCACCUUCAUGGUUCUGAAAGGCAGCAGCUGUUCAGAUUCGUAAGUUUUGAUGUAUUAGUGGGUAGCCGUUUUUAUUUGGGGAAUUCACCUGGCAGUUAAAGACUAACAGUGCUGUGCAAAAUUGUCAAACUUCAUUUAUGUCAUUUCCAGUCAAAACGGCCAAGGUUUUCAGCUUCACGCAAUUAAACAGGAAACAUUUAACAGAAGCCUCAUAACUAAUGUAAUAUCAAAUCUUUCAGUAUUUACUGGGUCCACUCCGUAUUACAGCUUCCAUUCUUUGCAAGAGGCUUUCAGUUUUUUAAAGAAAUCUUUACACACUUUUCCAAAGUUCAGUCUUAGAAGUUGGUUGCACUUUCUGCUUCUCACGAUCCAUUAUUCUAAAACACUCUCACUGGUUUUGAGGUCUGGACCUUGUCCGGGCCAGCUCGAUUUUCUGAGAACACCAGCAGCUUCUUUGUUUGACGAGCCUGUCUCCUUUUCUCAGCGACAGCUACACAUCCUUUCAGACCCACAGCGCUGAGUCGUCCUCUCACAGUGGAAGGAUGGACAGAAACACCUGUGGAUGUUUUCAGAUCUGAAGCAGCUUGAUCUUCUCCUCUCUCUCAAAGACGAAAGCUUUAAGUGCUGUUUAUCUGAUGGGGGCAGUUUUGGUGUCAACCAGGUCUUCCAGGUGGUUGUUAGGAGCCCCAUUUUCUCUGUAGCCUUUAAUCUUUUUUAAUAAUUUUUGAACCCUAGAUUUGGAACCUUUGACUUUGUCCUUCUUGGAGUGGAGUAUCAUACCUGUUCUCAGAAAUAUCUCCAGAAAAUUAGCCGUUUUGACUGCAAACUAAGUAAACGAAGGGUGAUCUCUGACUUUUGCACAGCAUUGAAUAUUUUUAGAGGAAACAUGAAGACUUAAAAGGUUACAGGGAGUAAUAGGUGCAAUAGGCGCAGCAUUUGAGCAUUAGUGUGGUAAUAAAUGAUACUCUGGCCCAGGAAAAUUCUUCAGAUUCCUCAGAUAGAAGUAGACUGAUGGCAUUUUUGUGAACUGAUUGAUGCAUUUGGAGAGCACUGUUAGAUGUUAGUACACGGUUUAAUGAAUGUGUGGUUUUCUCUACGUGAACAUCAGACCGUCAUGUAAAACGGGACGACUGCGUACGGACAGACUCUGAAAGGGACGUUUGGGCUCAGCAUGGUCGUCUUCAUUUUGUGUACUCAACAUGUGGUGAAAAAAAGUGUGUCACUGGUUGAGCCUCAGCACUGAAACUGAAACAAUGUGCAAUAACGUACGCAAUCAUGAGCUCCAAAGCCGUCUGAAAACUGCAAACUUAAUAUCUAUAUUCUGUUUUUUUUGCCCCUUUUUCUUUAAAAUAUAUAGCUGUUUGUGUAUAAACGAUUAAGCAAUGUGAACUCUUGUUCCCAGGCUCCAGCAUGUGCCUAUUCAUGCUAUUCAUUGCAAUAGCACUUCAUUUUUUCUAUGUUUUCUGUCCACUCUUGAAUGCUAAGCAAUUCUUGCAGCUGCUGCUCCCGUUGCAGACUCUGCUUCGCCCCCUGCUGGAGACCUGACCGCAAUGGACAUGUGAAUAUGUACAUGUGGACAGCUUUGAAUAUGUGGCGUUCUCUCUCUCGCUGUGUUUUGUACAGUUUCCUCAUCCUUUCUCGAAUCAGAUAGCCCACCGACUUUAAAGGUUCAGUCAGCAGUUUCCAAGGAUACUCAUUAAAGGUGCGGUCAACAAUGUGAGCCUAAAUCUCCCAGCAUUUUCAUUAAAGGUGGAAUCAGAAUUGCCAUCCUGCACCGCCCAGAUUUCAUAUUGAAGGUGGAAUUAGAUAUAAGAUCAUAUGUCUCCUUGCGUUCACCAUUAAAGGUGCCAUCAAGAUUGUGAUCCUACAUGUCCUGCAUCUGCAUUGAAGGUGGAAUCAGCAGUUUUAAAAGAUGCAGUCAACAGAAUGGGUCUCCUUUUCCCCAUAUAUUUAUUAAAGGUGGAAUCAGUAGUUUAAUCCUGCAUCUCAUUGAAUCUACAUUAAAGGUGCAAUCAGUAGUUUGAUCCUGCAUCUCAUAGAAUCUACAUUAAAGGUGGAAUCAGCAGUUCGAGCCUACAUUUCCCAACAUGCUUUUUAAAGAUGCAGUCAACAGAAUGAGUCUACAACUCUUCAUAUCUUCAUUAAAGGUGGAAUCAGCAGUUUGGUCCUGCAUCUCAUAGAAUCCUCAUUAAAGGUGGAAUCAGUAGUUUGGUCCUGCAUCUCAUAGAAUCUUCAUUAAAGGUGGAAUCAGUAGUUUGAUCCUGCAUCUCAUAGAAUCCUUAUUAAAGGUGUAAUCAGUAGUUUGAGCCUACAUCUCCCAACAUGCUCAUUAAAGAUGCAGUCAACAGAAUGAGUCUACAUCUCUCCAUAUCUUCAUUAAAGGUGGAUUAAGUAGUUUGGUCCUGCAUCUCAUAGAAUCAUAGUUAAAGGUGGAAUCAGUAGUUUUGAUCCUGCAUCUCAUAGAAUCCUUAUUAAAGGUGUAAUCAGUAGUUUGAGCCUACAUCUCCCAACAUGCUCAUUAAAGAUGCAAUCAACAAGAUGAGUCUACAUCUGCCUGUAUCUUCAUUAAAGGUGGAAUCAGCAGUUUGAUCCUGCAUCUCUCAGAAUCCUCAUUAAAGGUGGACUCAACAAUAUGAUUCCUCAUCUUUGCAUCCUCAUUAAAGGUGCGGUCAGCAGCCCUCCUUAAAAUCCUGAUCAAAAAAGCCACAAUACAACCUGAACCACACACCUGACUGUUUACAACCCCAGUGUUGAGCGUAUUGUUUGAGAAUUGUGCUGAAACUCGAAACAUCCCAUGUGUCCUGGAUGAUCGCAUAACACGACUUUCUUGUCCUGAACACACAGACAAAAAAAUCUAUGUAUCAGAUUGUAUGAAAAAUAAUUAAAAUGUCUUUUUUGGGAUUUUA